CGCCCAGGAUCACCCUGGCGACGCAGAGUACGACGACACGCCGGCUGAGAGAGAGGACACGGAGCAGCUUUCGGAGCAGAAGGAGACAUAUUUGAGGGUUGCUACUCUUCAGCAUGCCGGUCCAAUCCGAUGUCGGCCGCAAGAAAGCUGCCGCCAAUGAAAAGCUCGCCAUCCACUUGAGCACCCACACGGGACAGAAACCUUUCGAGUGCAAUGUAUGCAACAAGAAAUUUGCAACGAAUGGCAUGCGAGAAGUGCAUCUCAGAACACACACAGGAGAGAAGCCAUUCGACUGCAAAAUGUGUGAUAAGAAGUUUUCGCAGCGCUAUCAGCUGCAAAGGCAUGUGCGCAUUCACACAGGAGUAAAGCCCAAUGAAUGUACCGUGUGCAGCAAGAGAUUUUCUACGAAAGGUAGCCUGGUCAUUCACAGCCGGACCCACACCGGAGAAAAGCCUUAUGGGUGCAACGUUUGCGACUUCAGGAGCGCCACGAGUGGAACUCUCAAGAGACACCACCUCACCCACACCGGGGAGAAGCCAUUCGAGUGCACGCUGUGCGACAAGAAAUUCACGACGAGUCAAAACCUGUGCACACAUCUCAGGACGCACACUGGAGAAAAGCCCUACGAGUGCUCUCUGUGCAACAGGAAAUUUAGUGAAAGUGUGAAAUUGCGAGGUCAUCUCCGGACACACACAGGAGAGAAGCCAUUUCAGUGCGGUGUCUGCAGCAAGAGUUUUAAGAGGGGUGAACAUCUUCGAAACCACGAACGUACCCACACGGGAGAGAGGCCUUACGAGUGUACUUUUUGUGAGAAGAAAUGUGCAUUGGCUCGCAAUAUGAGAGUGCAUAUCCGCCGUAUGCACACCACGGACAGGCCCUUCGAGUGUACUUUGUGCAACAAGAAGUUUCCAGAACGUGCUGAACUGCGCGUACACCAGCUGAAACACACAUCAGAGCGAGCCUUCGAGUGUACGCUCUGCGACAAGAAGUUUGGGUCCGCUCAAGGUCUGCGAGCGCAUCUCCGCACCCACACGGGAGAGAGAGAGAAGCCUUUUCAGUGUGCGUUGUGCGACAAGAAGUUUGAGAAGUCUAGCAAGCUGCGUACUCACCUUCGCGUGCACACUGGAGAAAAGCACUACAAAUACGAAUGUUCUGUGUGCAACAAAAAAUGUGAGACCAGUAGUACUUUUAUCGCUCACACCCGCAUCCACACCGGAGAAAAGCCCUUCGAGUGCGGUGUGUGUCAAAAGAGAUUUGGUGCAAAUGCUACACUGAAAAUUCAUCUCCGAACCCACACUGGGGAGAAGCCGUUCGAGUGUGUCGUGUGCAACAAAAAGUUUUCGCAAAGCAGUCAUUUGCGCACACAUCAGCGAUCGCACACGGGAGAAAAGCUUUUUGAGUGCACCGAGUGCGACUACAAGUGUUCGGCGCCUGGCUCUCUAGCUGUGCACCUCCGCACCCACACUGGAGAGAAGCCCUUCGAGUGCACCGUGUGCACCAAGAAAUUUCGAACCUCGUCGGGUCUCAAUCCACAUCUCCGGACCCACACUGGAGAGAAACCUUUCAAGUGUUCUGUUUGCGACAAAAGGUUUGCGCAUUCAUUGGGCAUGAAACAACACAGCAUCCGAGUCCACACCGAAUGAUCAGGAAAGCAAGUUGAGUGUACGGAGUGCAACAAGACAUUUUGGACUGUCGGAGAUUUUCGUUCACAUUUUCGAACGCACACUGGGGAGAAGCCGUUCCAGUGUUCUGUUUGUCAGGACUCAUUUUCGCAGUCAUUCGCGUUGCGAGCGCACCUCCGCCGCCACCACACAGGAGAGAAGCCAUAGCGUCCAGUUGUCCAGUGCGGCAAGAAAUUUGUGCGUAGACGCCGUCGUCUUCAAACGACUUCAAUAAGUCAUUUCUAAAAAAAGGGGUUUUACUUGUUUGUUGAAUACUAAAAA